CCACUACCACUCUUCAAUGGCCAGAUGCCGUGAAGUGUCGCGCUACUCCCACGAUAUCUAAAAUGAAUCCUUUCUGAUGGGGGAUCGCUCUUAGCGUGGCUCUUUUCUAGGUUCUUCGUCUCUACGAGCGCCCUCUUGCCCUCUCAAUUGGAGUGCGAACACAAUGUCGCCGAACCGUUCGCAAUCCCUGACAGCAGAAGAAAUACUGAGGGCGGCUCAUGCCGCGGUCGAUGCCUUCUUAUCAUUAGGAAUCCAGGGAUGUUUCUUCGGGAGCGUUGCUUGCUUGUGCUAUGGGACAACUCGGGUACCAAAUGAUGUAGACGUCUUGAUAACCUCACCAAACCCGAACGGUGGACCAUGGGAACAAGAGGAUCUCAAAGAUCUCCUUGUUCAGACCGACCAGAGCUUCUACGUCGUCUCUUCGAAAAACCCCUUCGCCACCUAUCGACUUCUCUACUACGAUCUUUCUGGAUCAUCGAGGGUAUCCCGAGAACUGAGACGCUGCUGCAAAGUCGACAUUCUCGUUCCGGGUUCAAUGAACAUACCCCCAGUCCCUUCAUCUAGUAUUGUAUGGCGUGCAAGCCUACUCGGGCAAUGGUAUGCGCCAUCUCGGGAGCUUCCUGUGAUGCCCUUCAUCCUGCUUCUCCUCAUGAAGCUGCAGGGCUGGAUGGAUCACGGAAAUUCUGCGGCUGCGCAUAUACAAGCAAAGCAGCCCACCGAUGUACGCGAUAUUUGCGAGCUCCUCAGCCUAUCCUCUGUACCGAGGGUGGUGAACGCCUGGUCGAUGAUGAAGCGCGAAGGAUGGAUACCACAGUCUUUUGUUGAUCAGGGACAAAUGCGCGUACGAGAGUUCGUCAGGAGUUACCCCGAAACUGAGCAUGCUUGGCGACAGAUUGGCCUAGGGUAUUUACCAGAUCGAUUUAGUAACAAUUAAGUUUCCUUCUGGAAGACUGUGGGUACCAAGCGGUUCCAAAUAAUUGUAUAUUUUACUCUCUAAGGUCUGCGCAUGUAUAUUAGCCUCUACCCUGGAAUCAGACGCAUGACCACGAGUUAUUAAAACCUAGCUUUAACAGAGUACCUUUCAUGUCGUCUUCGACAGGAAUCGGAUGUACCAUAACGUUGACCCGACGCCAUUUCGAAGGUAAGA